AUGCAGUUUGAGUCGGACUUCCGGUUCGAUAUGGACGACAGCUUCAGCAUGUGCAGUCAGACCCUGCCCUGCCCUUCAGCUGGCUCAAGCUUCUCAUCAGCAUCCUCUGCGUACGAGCCUUUUACUCCUACAUCACGACGAUCCACACCAAAUGAACUCAGCCUGGAUUUCGAGGGCGCAUACAAUCCCUUUGCUACUCACCACAGUGAGCUUACCUCACCUUCUGGUCACAUGUCCAAGUAUAUGUUUGGAGGUCCUGUCAAGGGAGAACCAGAACACAUGUCAUUUAAUGAGGCGAUCCCAACAACUCCCAUGAAGAAGUUGGAUGGAAUGGUCACUCCGGACUACGACCACAUGCUCGAGAUGAACCUGGCAUCAAGACACUCCAUUGGAUCUAUUACACCUUCAGGAUCCUUUCCUAUGUACACAAUCUCACCGACGACAAUGGGUCCUACUUCGUUUAUGAUGACACCAACCCACAGCCUAUCCGGAUCCGAGAUUGCCGAGUCCACAUCAUCAUGGUCAUGUUCAAACGAGAGCCCUAUCUCUUUCUUCCCCCAGAAGGGCCUUGGCCCUCUGGAGCUUGAGGGGUUAGAUAUGGACAGACAUCCUCAGUCUCCUCUUGGUACCUACCACUUACAUGCACCACCUUCUCCCGGCCGAUUGCGCGCCCAUCGAAAAAUGAUGGUGCAUGAGAUUCAACGAAAGACCAAUGAGUUGCAACGUGCCCAAAUCCGGGCUUCACGCAGGGUAUCUGGCAGCAAGUCAGAUGGUGGCGUUGAUGUAGUUCGCCGAGCCAUGUGCAAAUGUGACUAUCCUGGAUGCCACAAGGCUUUCCGCCGCAACGAACAUUUAAAACGUCACAAGCAGACCUUCCACGGCGAGGGACCAAACCGUUUCUCCUGCGAAUUCUGUGGAAAAGACCAAUUCAACCGUCAAGACAACCUUAAUAAUCAUCGCAAGCUACACGCCCGCCCCAACAGCAGGAAUCGCGGCGUCGAAUUCAUCCCCGCCGCAGUGCCCAUUAUCGAACAAGAGGAGCGCAGUCGCAAGCGCAGAGCGCCACCGAAAUCAAAGUCAGCCGAUAAGCGGGUCGAUGACUACUGA